GCUCUCUUCCCUCCUGCUUCCUCACUGUGGUGGCUGGGCUAUUUCUCCCAUGACUCUCUGCGUCUAGACGUGGCUGUCCCGUGCCUUUGCCAAUCAAACCCGAACUUCCUCCUCUAACAGUGAAGAGAGGGGCUCCUGCCCUUCUGGGUCACUUUUCUUCCCCUCACCUUGACACCAAGCCGCCUCUGCUUGUGCCUCCCUGUGCCCUCUGCCCCCGCCCUGCCCAUCCUGGGCACCCAUCACCCAUGGACGACUCAGAAGUGGAGUCGACCGCCAGCAUCCUUGCCUCUGUCAAGGAGCAGGAGGCACAGUUCGAGAAGCUGACCCGGGCGCUUGAGGAGGAACGGCGCCAUGUCUCAGCCCAACUGGAACGAGUCCGGGUCUCCCCACAGGACGCCGGCCCGGGCUUGGCCAACGGCACACUCACCCGGCGGCACCAGAACGGCCGUUUCUUGGGCGAUGCUGACCUGGAAAGGCAGAAAUAUCCAGAUCUGAAGCUCAACGGGCCGCAGGACCACAGCCACCUCUUGUACAGCACAAUCCCCAGGAUGCAGGACCCGGGCCAGAUUGUCGAGGAGACAUACACCAUGGAGGAGGACCCAGAAGGGGCCAUGUCGGUCGUGUCUGUGGAGACAUCAGAUGAUGGGACGACCCGGCGUACAGAGACCACGGUGAAGAAAGUGGUGAAGACUGUGACCACCCGGACAGUGCAGCAGGUGCCGGUGGGGCCUGAUGGGUUACCUUUGGAAACCUCCCCUAUCACCAGCAACUAUGUCCAGACCAUGGACAGGAACUUCCGCAAGAACGGCAACGGGGGCCCCGGCAGCUACCUGAGCCAGCCGGGCACAGCCCCCCUCCCUCGUAACUACCACUACCCUGAUGGCUACCGCCCCCCCCACGAGGAUGGCUACCCGGGCAGCGAUCACAGCUAUGGCAGCCUGUCCCGUGUCACCCGCAUUGACGAGCGCUACCGCCCCUCCAUGGACACCUACCGGGCCCCCAGCCGUCAGGACAUCUAUGGCCCCCAGCCUCAAGUGCGUGUCGGGGGCAGCAGCAUGGACCUCAACCACUUCCACCCCGAGCCGUAUGGCCUGGAGGAUGAUCAGCGCAGCGUGGGCUUCGAAGAUGUGGACUAUGGGCUUAUGUCUGACUACGGCACGGCCAGGCGGGCAGGGACCCCGUCUGAUCCUCGGCGGCGGCUCAGGAGUUAUGAAGACAUGCUGGUGGAUGAAGUGGCCCCCGACCGGUACUACUGGGCCCCCCUGGCUCAGCAUGAGCGGGGUAGCUUGGCUAGUCUGGACAGCCUGCGGAAGGGAGGUCCGGCCCCCGGUAACUGGCGCCAGCCAGAACUGCCAGAGGUAAUAGCCAUGUUGAGCUUCCGGCUGGACGCCGUCAAGUCCAACGCAGCCGCCUAUCUGCAACACCUCUGCUACCGUAAUGACAAGGUGAAGACGGAGGUGCGCAAGCUGAAGGGCAUUCCCGUGCUGGUGGGAUUGCUAGACCACCCUAAGAAGGAGGUGCACUAUGGUGCCUGUGGAGCCCUCAAGAACAUCUCCUUUGGCAAGGACCAAGACAACAAGAUUGCCAUCAAGAAUUGCGAUGGGGUACCUGCUCUGGUGCGUCUGUUGCGGAAGGCCCAUGACAUGGACCUCACGGAGGUCAUCACAGGAACACUGUGGAACCUGUCCUCACACGACUCCAUUAAGAUGGCCAUUGUGGAUCAUGCACUACAUGCCCUGACUGAUGAGGUUGUCAUUCCCCGCUCAGGCUGGGAGCGGGAACCCAAUGAGGACUCAAAACCCCGCCAUAUCGAGUGGGAGUCGGUGCUCACCAACACAGCUGGCUGCCUUAGGAAUGUGAGCUCAGAGCGGAGCGAGGCCCGUCGGAAGCUGCGGGAAUGUGAUGGGCUGGUGGAUGCCCUGAUCUACAUUGUCCAAUCCGAGAUCGGCCAGAAGGACUCAGACAGCAAGCUGGUGGAAAACUGUGUGUGUCUGCUGAGAAACUUGUCCUACCAAGUCCACCGUGAGAUCCCCUAUGCCGAGCGCUACCAGGAGACACCUCUGGCCCCUGCCAACAACGCUGGGCCCCAUGCUGCGAGCUGCUUUGGUGCCAAGAAGGGCAAAGACGAAUGGUUCUCCAGAGGUAAAAAGCUCCCAGAAGACCCUGGUGCCGAUACAGUGGAUUUUCCCAAAAGAACAACUCCAGCCAAAGGCUACGAGCUCCUCUUCCAGCCAGAAGUGGUCCGGAUAUACAUCUCCCUUCUAAAGGAAAGCAAGACUCCAGCCAUCCUAGAGGCUUCAGAGUGCGCUGGCAGUUGGACGUAUGGCCGGUACAUCCGCUCGGCGCUGCGCCAGGAGAAGGGACUCUCCGCCAUUGCUGACCUCCUGACCCAUGACAGCGAGCGAGUCGUGAAAGCAGCGUCCGGAGCCUUGCGCAACCUGGCCGUCGACUUGCGUAACAAAGAGCUGAUAGGUAAACAUGCCAUCCCCAACCUAGUGAAGAACCUGCCUGGAGGCCAGCAGACCCCAGCCAAAAACCUCUCUGAGGACACAGUGGUGUCAAUCCUCAACACCAUCAAUGAAGUAAUUGUAGACAACCUUGAGGCUGCCAAGAAGCUGCGGGAAACGCAGGGGAUUGAGAAGUUGGUGCUGAUCAACAAAUCUGGGAACCGCUCAGAGAGAGAAGUCCGAGCAGCCGCCCUUGUCUUGCAGUCAGUCUGGGGAUAUAAAGAGCUGCGGAAGCCCCUGGAGAAGGAAGGCUGGAAGAAGUCGGAUUUCCAGGUGAACCUGAGCAAUGCCUCUCGGACCCAGGGAGGCAAUUCGUUUGAUGACAGCACCUUGCCUCUCAUCGACAGGAACCAAAAAACAGACAAGAAAUCUUCCCGGGAGGAGAUCCAGAUGAGCAACAUGGGACCAGACAACUAUUCCACACUCAAUGAGAGGGACCACAGCAGGACACUGGACCGAUCUGGUGACCUUGGAGAUAUGGAGCUGGUGAAGGCAGCGCCGUUGAUGCAGGAGGAGGGGCAGGAAUCGCAGCCUGAGGUAGAGGAGGCGGAGGAGGAUGCUGCCGUGUUUUCCCCCAUGUUGGUAUGUCCCGCAGCGUCCUGCCCAAUCUGAAUAGCGGUGACAGAUCCUGCUGUGCUGUUAGGGGUGCUUUGGCCAGCCAAAUUCUGCUCUGAUCGCUGCUGCCUGCAAUUGCUGCCCGAUCCAUCGAGGCCAUGAUCAUGCCUCCACUACUCGCUCGCUCUCUGGGCGUGCUAAUAUCUCUCCCUCUCUCUCC